AUGACUACUCAAGAUCGCACGCCACUUGUUGCAAGUUCACAAGAUGAAGAACACCUGAAUCAGAAGUCGAGUGGUCUCCAGGUAGGGAAACUUGCCGUCGGAUCGCUUUUACUGGCUUGCUUUCUAGCAAAUGCAGACGAAUCCUUUGUCCUCACCACUGGAAGUGAUGUCGCAUCGGCUCUCAAUGCAUCCAGCUCUGCAGCGUGGCUCAUCACAGGGUACAACCUGGGCUAUAUUCUUGCUCUUCCCAUUUACGGGCAAAUAUGCGAUUUAACUGGACCGACGAGGGCAAUCCUUAUGGCUUUGACGGUAUACGGAUGUGGCUGUCUCAUGACAGGAGUCUCGCAAACCAUUCACUUGGCUGUUGCCGGUCGUAUCAUUUCAGGGUUUGGCGGAGCCGGAAUGAAUGAGCUGGUGUCUGUUAUUCUCAACGAAGUACAUAGCUUUGACCGUGUUGCCAUGUUACGCUCCUAUGUAACUACCGUGUCAAUUAUUGGUGUUACCUGCGGCGCCCCCCUGGGCGCAUUUCUCACAAGCUGGAUUGGAUGGCAAUGGGCAUUCCUGAUUCAUAUCCCAUUUGCAAUGAUCUGCCUCACCGUCAUCUCGUUUUCGCUUUCUUCAAAAAAGCCCUCGCCAAUUGUCACCCCCAAGCUAUCGUAUGGAUCAAUUGACAACAAGCCGACCGAAGAUACCCCUCGCAAGUCGUUCGAUAUUCUGGGCCUCGUUUUGCUAUUUAUAUCUGUUAUCUGCUUCCUAGCCUUUGUGCAACUCACCCAGGCAGAUAAUCUAGAAGCAAAGUCAAUACUUCUCACCAUUUGUGCGGCAGCAUUCGUUGGAUGCUUUACGGCCUUCUGUCUCAAUGAGACUCGCUGGGCUAAAGACCCAAUGAUACAUUUCUCAUUACUGAGUCCCCAUAAAUUCGGCCUGAUAUACAGCGCGCAAGCGCUAGUCGGCAUUGGACAAUUUUCUGUGUGUUUUCCCCUUUCUGUCUUCUCGGUUCCAACUCGCGGGUGGCUAAUGAUUGUGCUAUUGGAUUGCAGAUGGCGCCUAUUCUUGGGGACUAUUGGGUCAGCUCUCGGGGAUUAUCUCCCUCAGAGGGUGCAAUGUGCUGGAUACCGGGUACCAUCGGGAUGGUUCGGCAUGGGAAUGCUGCUAUCUUCGCAAUUCGCAGCUUUAUCUGCCGCAAAACCGGAGCAUAAUGCCGCUACCUCCGUCACCACUUAUUACUUCGCACAGCAAGUCGGAUUGAUGACUGGUAUCACCACCGCAAAAGCAUUACUUAUUAAGGAAAUGAGACGUGGCCUGAAUGUGGCACUGAAAGAUCAGGCUGGGCGCGCCAAGUUGAUCGAACAAAUAUUGGGACACCGGCAGCUCACGGGCUUGGUACCUCCUGCACUUGCAGAACCGAGCAGAAUGCGACAGCUAUUCCCCGCCACUGGACUCGAGGACUUUUGA